CAUGGCAAUAACUGCAAAAAAUGAAUGAAGCGCAAACUCCUUGAUCUGAUCUUGCAAACACGCCAAGACACCACCAGAAAUCUUGGAAAGAUCUAUGAAGGAUUUGUUGGAAAUACUGUUCCUGAAAUGACAGGGACAGGCCGAGUAGGGUAAGGCUGUGAAUUCUUGAUUACUUUACAUGUUCUUCAAAAGCCAAUAUUGUUUUUCAUGCAGACAUGUAAUGUGAUUUUCAAUCUUUAUCUCUAUAUUUUGUUUGGUUUCUUUGUCCUCAAGUCUCUUCUUUGAAAUGCAAGCCAAUGAAGUCACGAAAAAAAUCUUAAGUUUGUCCCUAAACCCUCAGAGUCAUGUGAGAAUAUUAAUAUAGAGCGUGGGUAAUUGAGGAAUGAAUUUCUAUUUUCUGUUAAUGAAGGCAAAAGGUGUAUCUGACCCUUCCCCUUUUUGCCAAUCAGGUGAAUUCCCAUAAGGGGUUUUUCAGGAUCGGGGAUCAGGCUUGUAUUAUUGGAAUGGGAUGCAGGUUUUGGCAACUUUUUAAUUUGAUUGUUAAUUUAGCGCAAAUUGCAAAACAUGUUGUAAAAACCCUUGUUCCAGUUUUCCAUGUGUAUUUUUCAUUUUCUAAAACAUGGUUUAAUUAAACAUGUUUAGUUGUCAUGAAUGGGGCAUUAUAGGUAGUAAAAACCAUUGGAAUUGUGGGACAUGGGAAGAGAAUGUUUUGGCUAUUGGGUUUGAAUGGCUUACAGUUGUACAGCGAUUUUAUUGCAAAUAGUUAUGGUGAGUCCUGGGACUCAUCUUGUGAAAAAUCGUGAGUCCCUGUCGAUAACAUGUGAGUCCCAGUUCAAAAACACAAGGAGUCCUAAACUAAAAAAAAAAAAUUUAAUGGUUGCACCUUUUUGUAUCCAGACAGCUAAUGUGGAGACGGGUGCCAAAACUCUUUAUUACAGUGUACUGAAAAAAGAAAUCACACAAACAGGAUAUUCUACCAAAGAAAUCUUCUAAUCAAUCGAUCGUUCUUUGCAUCCUAUGGAAACAUGCCAUGAAUAAUGUUAUUUUGAGUCUUUGGGGAUUUUUAUGCAUCAGGGAUGCAUGAUGCAGAGAUAACAAAAUCACUGGCUUUACAUGUAUUAUAGGGACAUAAUGUUAUUGACUGAAAAACAAUCCAUAUUUUUGCGUAUUCAAGUACCUGGGAACAGUCAAACAAAAAGUCUGGAGCAAGGCUAAAAAAUGUGGCGUUGCGCUCUUCACGUGUGUGAGACUCUUAUGCUGUGCUAAAAAAUCUGACUGUUUUGGAGUUUUUUGGGGGGACCCUCCUUUAGACCUGAAUCUAGAAUUGUACAGUCAUGUAACCAUGCCUAUCUGACUUUGUUGUUUUUAGGCGUGACGUUGUGGGCUACUUCGUGGACAGUAAGUUUGAGCCAGGAUGUGCUGAGGCUUAUGGUGCUCUUUGCCGCAUCUUUUGUAGUCAUCGGUCUGAUCAAGAGAUUAGACCAGUCUAUCUCUCCAGAUUUUAUUUAGCGGUGGCAAUUGGACUCCUGUAUUCAGACGUAAGCAGUAUUACAUUAUAUAUUUAUUUUUGUUACUGGUAAUUUUUGAUUGAUUGAUUUUCUGUUUUUGAGAUUUCCUGGACAUGGAGUGUAGAGCUUUGGUAUUACACAAAAAAUGUAUUAAGCUUUUGAGGUGCAAAACAAGCGAUAGUUUACUUUAAAGAGAGUGAAGUCCUUUUUAAUCAAGCCUAUAAAAAAACUUAUGUGAUAACAAUAACUUCUAUCAGUGAUAGAAAGAUGAGUGGCUGAAAUGAAUUGAUUUUACAUGUCAGUGGUUCUUGAUAUGUUUUCUCUGAGUAAAUUGAAUGGCUGCAAACAGUCUAAUGUGUAGGUGCUAGGUGUAAGGAAGCUUCCAAAGAGUACUAUCCCUUAUUUUUGAGUAUCAGCAGAGGAGCUAUUAAUAGGGACCUUAAGAUACGAGGACGGGGAGCCAGGACGGCGACGGGGGUGGAUGAGGAAGACUAGGUCGAGCCCCGUCGUGCCCGCCAAAAAAAAAAUACUUAAGAGCAAACAAUUUUCACUUGGGACGGCAACGGCGAUAUUUCUUUCACAAACAAAUAUGCCGACCUUUAAAGACGCUAGGACCUUUCUUCUAAAAAGCUGCUUAGACGUUGUGAUAGACGACGAUGAAUUUAUUCUACUAUGCGAUGAGAGCUUCUUGAAGAAGCCAAAAUCUCCAGAUGAAUUUUUUUUUAAUUUUUACUUGCAAUAAUGACAUCAAAAUACAAGAAUACAGAAACAACACACUAAACUCCUCUAGUGCCACUUCAAUGCUGUUCAUGCCGGUUUCAAUUCCACCUGUUUUUUUUUUCUCUUUUUUCGGUUUGCUCCUCAGUUCUUUAGCCACGCGAGAAGGUUGUAGCGAUCUCGAACUGCCCUUUUGUCAACUGUGAAAUAAACAGCUUCAAUUUGGUUCAAGUUUUCAGCAACCUCUUCCCUUUUCUUUCCUCUCGCAACAGGGC